AUGGCCAAUAGUUUGAAUCCUACAAAGUCCAAUAGCUCGAAUCGGUUGACUGUUCCACCUCGACAUUCAUAUAGUACAUCUGUGUCAUCGUCAUCUAAUGUACUGCCUUCUCAAUUUAUUCACACGACAAAUGGGUUGAGGAACAAGCAGGGGUCAAGCUCGAUGAGACUAUCACGAACCAAUACAGAAACAACCGAUGCUUACGUUGCGAACCAGGACAACCAAAGUAUACAAACCAUCGAUAAAAUACCCAGUGCCAAGCCAAGUGUAACGUACCAGGAUCGGCUAUGGACCCAGAUUGAUGUUUUAGACGACGUUAAGAAAAUGGCUCAAGAAGUACGUUCAAGAGGAUCCUUCUUUGACGACAAGUUUAGAAAAGAAAUGAGCAAGUUGAAACAGCUGCAGGAGAAACUAAUACAGACCAUGUCGCAACAAGGAUUCGACGAUAUGAAUAUCAGCGAAGUUCAAAAUCAACAAUUGUACCAGUUGAAUACGAAUUCCUUACAAACACCAACAACGGCAAUGACGAGAACUACCACAAAUAUAAUUACUGAAGAUGAUAACAGCCACAAUAAUACUGGCGCAGAAGGAGAAGAAGAAGAUAAGGCCAAGUUGGUGGAAAUGGCAAAGAAACAAAUGGACCAAGAAAAGAUUACUAAAUUUUUUGCUAAUGAUGAGUUCAAAUUUGAAAACCUCAAGGUGUAUGACAAAACGACAUUUGAUGAGAUUAACGGCUAUGUGCAACAAGUGAAACAAGACUUGAUGGAACUCGGUAAGGCAAUCAAGGAGUUUGACGACUCUACAAAGAAUAUCUGGUGA